AUGAGCUGUUCUCCAUCUUCUUCGUCAUCGUGUGGUGAACAGCACUGCUUCAAAACGGUUGAUUCAGAUGAAACCAAAGACGGUGGAAUGUGCACUCUCAGUUGCCUUGUAACAAGUUGUUUAUGCACUUCAUCAAGGUUUAUUGACUCACAUCAUUUUAGUUGCGUUGGUUCAAAAUCAUCAUCCUCCCAUCCGUUCCUUCGUUCAAGUCUUUUUUCUAAUGUGCCUCCUACAGUGCAGUUUUAUAUGAAAGGUUCUAAAGUGACAAAGCCAAAUAAAGUGAUUUGUUCACGCUUAACAUGGUGCCACAAUAGUUUAUUACCGAUCGUGAUGCGACAGUGCUUAUCGCGAAGCCAUUUUACAAUUGUAGAUCAGUCAUCGUUUUGGAUUGGUUAUUGGGGUCGUCAUCUGAAAUCGAAUCAAUACAGAACGAUACAACCAUUUCAAAAGGUCAAUCAUUUUCCUGGUGCAUUUCAUAUGGGGCGUAAAGAUCGCUUAUGGCAGCAUAUAAAUGAAAUGAUGGUGAUGUGGGGUGCUAAUGAAUAUUACAUAAUGCCAACUACAUAUAUAUUACCUCGCGACUUCAAAAAGCUCAGUAAUUAUUUAAAUAAUUCUUCAUCACACCGCGUCAUUGUCAAGCCACCAGCUUCUGCGCGUGGCACUGGUAUAACAAUUACAAAUCGGACGAAAAGUAUACCCGUUAAAAAUAAUUUGAUCGCACAACACUAUAUUGAUCGUCCGUUAAUAAUAAAUGGUACUAAGUUCGAUCUUCGCUUGUAUGUAUAUAUAACGAGCUUAGAACCGUUACGUAUCUACCUCUAUAAUGAAGGUCUUGUGCGAUUCGCUAGUGUGCCAUACUCAACAUCACCAAGUUCGCUAACAAAUAAAUUCAUGCAUCUGACGAACUACAGUAUCAACAAACUGGCUCAAUCCGUUGGGCAGCGAGAAACACCCGUGCCGAAGUGGAAAUUAACCCAGUUAUGGGAUUAUGUCGCUGAUUAUAUUGAUGUUCCUCUCAUGAAACGACGUAUCGUUGACAUCAUCAUCAAAACUGUUCUUGCAUGUGAAAAGUGGAUACGAGCACAUCAAAAGAAGCAUAGUUUGUUUACGUUUACAAGUCAUGAACUUUAUGGUAUGGAUAUUUUGAUCGAUGAUAAUCUCAAACCCUGGUUACUGGAGGUGAAUAUAUCACCAUCGCUGCAUUCUGGUACAGCAGUUGAUCAGAGUGUUAAAGCUCCGCUAGCUAGGGAUGUGUUGAAUUUAUGCGGUAUUCAGUUACCUCCGCAGCAGGACGAUAAAAGAACUUCACUGACGAUAAAUUAUGGAGUGAAACCUUUCGAAGGACAUAAAACACAUGCUGAGUUAGAGAAAGAACGUUAUCAUGUUGAGUAUUAUCGCAAAAAUGGAAGAAUCGAUGAAACAAUUUUGGAUGAAUUGACUGGCUCAGAUGCUCGUGUUCUGGUGGAUUUUGAAGAUGAAUUAUCGCGUGCGAACAACUUUGAUCUAAUAUUUCCAACAUGUGAGAAUAUUGGUUAUAUGAAAUAUUAUAAUGAAGCAGUUUAUGCGAAUUUAUUAUUAAUGCAAUGGCAGCUAAGUCAAGAAUCGCGCUCGGAUGGUCGUCACAACGGCAUACAGAUCCUCGAUAGAAUUUGUAAACGAGGUGAUCACAUGUCCAACUUUCCGAUCGUUACUUCAACAACAGCGUAUAGCAGUACGAAUGACGUGAAUACUGUUUUGAACUGA